AUGUUGCCAUUUGAAGCCCUCUAUGGGAAGAGCUGCAGGUCUCCUGUGUGUUGGGAUGAGGUAGGAGAGAGGAAAUUGCUAGGACUUGAGCUAGUACAAACCAUGAAUGGGGAAAUACAGAAGAUCAAGGCUCAUAUGCAAACAGCUCAGAGUAGACAGAAAAUCUACGUCGAUGUGGCACCUAUAAAGGGUGUUUUGAGGUUUGGAAGGAAAGGGAAGCUAAGCCUGAGGUUCAUUGGACCUUUCGAGGUCUUGGAGCGAAUUGGUCUCGUAGCUUACCAAUUGGCAUUGCCUCCAUCACUUUCUUCAGUUCAUAAUGUCUUCCAUGUUUCGAUGCUAAGAAAGUAUGUAACAGGUCCGUCCCAUAUAGUUGACUUUGGGCCAUUGUGGUUGAAUGGAAAUUUGAGUUAUGAAGAGAGGCCUGUGCAGAUUCUCACCAGAGAGGUUAAGAUGUUAUGCAAUAGGGAAAUAGCAGCUGUAAAGAUUUCGUGGCAGAAUCACCAGUUUGAGGAGGCCACUUGGGAAUGA